AGAACCCGGAUCAAUUUUAGGAAACCCUAUCUUGUGAAAUCCAAUCCAAUGGUCAAGAAAAAGCCAUCCCCUGAACCCUACUAUAUAAGUUAGGCUGGUCGGGAGUACACAAUUCUUACUCAUCGUUUCUGUUUCUGAAGAUGGAAAUUGAAAGAGUUACGGCAGGUACUGUCACCGGCAGCGGCUUGCAGGGUGGUGAUUUACCAGAAUGGUUUCUAACAGAGUUGUUAUCCAGACUUCCAGUUGAGGAUGUUUUCAGAUUCAAUUGCGUCUCGAAAAAGUGUGCUGCGUUCAUCUCAGAUCCCUCUUUCCGCCGUUCGUAUUUCUCCAAACAGCCCUCGCCGCCACAAGACCGAUUCGUGUUUUUCCCAACGAGGGUCCGACGGCGAGAGGGCAAUCGGGAUGGAAUCGGGCUCAAGUAUCCAGAACGCCAUUUAUUUGCAUUACCAGCUGUUCCUUUUGAAUGGGAAGGAUCAAGUUCAAGUAGGAAGGCAACGAGAAGAAAUAUGUUGGAUUUGGUAGAAUCAUGGACUGGGGGAGGAUCAUUCUAUAGUGUGGCAGACGACAAGGGCUUUCUUUUGGUGGGCUGGGUUGAUACAGUUGGGCUCAGUAUGAAACAAGACAGAUGCUUGGGUGAGUUCUUUGUCUGCAGUGCCAUAACCCACCAGUGGUUUAGUCUCCCUUCCUCUCCUCCCACUCCUUUCGUCAUCGAGAGUGUGAGCUUCGUGACCCAAUUGGAUGAAUCUGGAAGUUUCCUGAAUAGUUACAGAGUCGCUUUAAUUGAUUUCACGGUUGAGAAUAUCGAAGGUACCUUCGUUCCGGAUUACGUUGAUAUCCAGGUUUUCUCUUCCGAAAUCGGGGCAUGGGCACCCGUCCGGUUGCAAAUCGGGCGCCCGUAUAUGUUUUAUCGUUGGCAGCGAGCUGUUUCUCUGAACACUACGGUGUAUUGGACCGACCCAGUAAAUGGUGGAAUCUUGGCCUAUGAUCCUUUCACGAACCAGCAUCGCGUGAUUGAACCUCCAAGCCUCGGGUACUCGGGGGGGUUUUCUGGGGGAUAUUCUAGUUGUGGUGUUUAUCAAGGACGGCUCAAGUAUUUCGAAAAGUUGAAGAGCUUGACUAACGGACACUGGGAGGUUUUAAAGAUAUGGCAACUCCAAGAGGAUGACCACUGGGGCCUCCAGCAUUCAAUCAGGAUGGAAGAUGAUCAUGUUCCUGAUUUUGAUUUCGAAUUUAAAACCGAGCCAAACAGACUAAGUCUUUCGACUUCUUCAUUCCUAUCAUUCGACCAGCGGAAUCCAGAUGUUGUGUAUUUGAAUAUGUCGAUGAAUGCAGGAGUGAUUUCAUACCAUGUUGGAACUCAGAGUAUGGAACUACUUGAUCCACGGUCAUCCCUGAAAGGUGAUUUUUCUACCCUGUGCGAAUACCGCUGGUUUCUUCUGAAGCUUCCACCUUGGCCUGUUUUUAUUUCACCUCAUCUGUUGUCUAAGAGAGCUGAUGAAUGAUGAUUGAUGAUGAUUCAAAGUAAAGGGCGGUAUGCAAUGAAGUCGGUUGGAUGUUGGUGGUCAUGCUUAUGACUUUGAGAGGUUACAUUUUUCUUACCAAACUCAAACUUAUGGAUCUCCUUAUCGUAUCUCAUAUUAGCGGUAAGGAAGUCGAAGUGUAUUAAUAUUUGCUGUAAGUAAGUUGUUUGUUCAUCGAUAUUAGCAGUCAGGAAGUCGUAGUGCUGAUUGGUGUUGAAUGUCAGGUUAAGGAACUCCAGAAUUUAGUUACAUUUUCUGUUUGUUUCUGAGUAUGCAACUAUGCAUCUUUUGCGUUCUAUUUAUAGUAUGGACUUAUUUGCUUCAGCCUUGACCUUUCUUGAACUUCAUUCAGGCUUGCUUUUUCAUGUAUGGAAUUCUAAUUUGGGGUUCACUUUUUCCCUCAAAACUAUUCUUUCUUGUUUUUCUAAUUAUUAUUACUAACUCCUUCCAAUAGUUUGAAGAUCUUGGCCGCAGUGUGAUCUCUUUGACAUACAUAUGGUUGUACAUCUUUCGUGUUUCAGGGCAAGUCGUUAGAUUGUGUUUUGUUACCUGAACCUCUCAAGAAACCACAUAAAGUUUUGAUUUAAUCCUUUUUGCUGUCUUUGAUGCUUCACAAUUUCUGCUCAACGGAUCCAUAGUGUGAUUGAUGUCAGUGUAGUGAGUGCUGAAUUUUUUUUGUGUUUGAGAUUCUGCUUUCACUUAGUCACCUGCAGUUAGCAAAUGCAAUACUGGCUAGAUGAUAAACCUGGUGUAUAUCUAACUGUAAGUAGGCUGUUGUGUAUUUGACAAAGCCAAUUUGUUCCUGUUCUGAUCUUUGUCGGGUUGAAGAUGAUUAUUAUAUUGGAAGUUGUUGGCAACUCUCUUAGUGGAGUUUCCUAUUGGUAUUUUUAUCUGUAUUUGAUACACACUUGAAGUAUUAUAUUCUAUUGGCUUCUGUGUUACACACUUGAAGAUACCUGUAAACUUUGCGCAUAUUAGAAGUAGAUGUAUCAUAGUAGAAAGCCAAUAAAAAUUA